AUGAGAGCCAGGCGCGCAUCGUUGAGCCUUUCUGCGCCUUGCUGCGUGGGCGACGUCAGCCCGGCAGCCUCAAGUUGCUCUUCGAGGUGGAGGUUGCCCACUGCAACGCACGGACGCGAAGGCUCGUCGUCGUGUCGCGCCUCAGCGAGCGGCGGGGCGAAUCGAGGAAGCCAGCGCGAGUGCGAGUGCGUCGCAUUCGUCCUCCCUCUUUACGCGGCUCGCCCUUCCCACUGAUUCCUUCUUAAUCCGCUCCUAUCCCGCAUAAUCCCCCCAUUCCCCUCCUUCUCAGCCACAUCAACCCACAAAUAAUCACCACCCACAAGAUGGCCAAGACAACCACUCCUUACACCCCUGACGAGGGCCCAGCUGCCGCUGCCAAGGAGACGCAGCGCCCUGCUGCCGAGAAGGCUCAGCAGAGCGCUACCAAGGAGCUCCUCGAGGAGGCCGACGAUGACGAUGAGGAGGAGGACGAGGACUUUGAGGAGGGAGAUGACGACGAGGAGGGAGACGAUGAUGAUGAUGACGACGAUGAGGAAGGUGGAGACGACGACGAUGACGAAGAGGAGGAAGAGGAAGAGGAGGAGGACGAAGAUGACGAGGAUGAGAAAGCCGGCGCCGGAUCGAAGCGCAAGGCUGGUGAGCAGGGCGGCGCGUCCAACUCCAAGGCCAAGAAGGGCGACGAUGAUGAUGAGGAGGAGGGGGAUGAAGAGGAGGAGGAGGAGGUCGCAGACGACGGCGAGCCGGACGCCGCUGCCGCCGAUGAUGGUGAAGAGGCCGACCAAGACGACGCUGACCCGGAUGACGAGUAG